UAUAGCGGGUUGGAUAAUGGAUGGAUGAAUUAACUGCAGUCUAAACUAUUACUUUCACUUUCUGUUCAUUUCCCGUUUCGGUUAGGUGACGUCAUCGUGUUUACCAUGGGUUGCUGUUGGAAAUUUGCCGAUCACGUGAUGCCGAGUUGGCAGGGGAUUUCUUUUCAUGCCUGGAAUUUCUAACAAUUUAACACGACAGUAGCGCGAGGCUGACCAACACUUUGGAAGAGAUCACAGCUGGUUAAGCGUUCUUAGAGACUCGCUAAAAACAUGCCUUGUUACGUUAAAAGUUUACAGAGUCAGAGCUAUGAGCUAUGUACGUCAAUGCCAUGGCCACUGGUAGAGAAAAUUUUAAGUCAUCUUCUUAGUGCCCAUGUCAUCACCCGCUAUGAAUUUGAUAUAAUCCAGUCUAAAACAGUGACCUUCCAGAAGACAUCGGAACUCUUGACUGCUAUCACCCGAAAAGGACAAAAAGCAUGUAUGAUCUUCUAUAAAGCCCUACAAGAUUGUGAUCCAUCCCUAAAUGCACAGCUUACAGGAAAACAAGUUCAACCUUUUAAUUUCAAAAAGGAAGACGAUUUUGUACCAGCACCAGUGACUGGUGGAAAUACUGUUAAUUAUUCAAUCACCAUUUAUAAUUCUCAACUAAAUGGAUGCAUUUUUGGAAACGAUAGUACUCUUUCAAUUAUGAAGCAAGAAGCAGAAGAUACUAAGGACCAAAGCCUUCCAGCAAAACAAUAUGCCACUCAUCCUCAAGCAUACAGAAACAGCAGUCAGGCAUUAAAACCGCCGCUACUGCCGCCGCCGCCGCCGCCGCCACCACCACAAACAGACAUAAAAAUAAUUGACUCUCGUGCAGAGUUUGUAAUUAUUGGGGAUAACAGUACAAUGGAAGUAAAAGAAACUAUAGCAGAGGAGGACACAGACAAUGAACAGACAGAACCAGAAGAAACUGAAGAUGACUGAAAUUGAAUUUUCAAAGCCAUACCUGGUCUCUUCGUAAUCAUACUGCCAAAGGCUUGUUGUGGGCCAGUAGCUGAAGGAAUCGUACCUGCUUGGAUCAUCAUGUCAGUCCAAGCCAGCAUGUGAUGGAACAUUCUGUACCUCCAUUAUACUGCUUAUUUUUUUAAGGCUGGAUUGAUACAUUGCUAAUUCAGUUUUAAGUACGUUAUGUAGAAGGUUAAUGGAAUGUGACAAUGAAUUGAGGUUUACAAAUAACGGGUCACCAUUUUCCAUAAAACACUUCACUGAACAUGUGGAAAGUGAAGUGGCAAGGACUGCAAUUCAUUAUGUUGGUGUAAAUUAUUGUGAUGUCUCUGCCACAAAUUGAGCAAAAUUCUGAGAACUGAAUCUCUCAACUAGAUAAGAUCAGUCUGGCUCAGAUCAUUAUCUUUUUUGACGAGAGUAUCUGUUUUUGUGCUUCAUUUAACUCCUAUGGUAAUUUUCAUAGUUAGCACUAUUGAAAUCUUACAUACAGUACCAGCACUAUUGAAAUCUUACAUACCCCAACUUGUAAAUGUUCUUUCAGCAUUUUGAGAGAAAUGCAAAGUUAUUUUUGAUGUGCCCACUUGAUCUUCACAAAAGGCAAUAAAAGAUUAGCGGUCUUAAAGUGAAAAAUAAGCAAACUAAAACCAUUAAAAUACAAAGCAAACUUAAAAUGUAAUUUUUGGCAUUUUUAAGCAUUUUAUUAUUGAGAAGAGAGGUCAAUGUUUCAUAACAACCUAACUAAUAUAGGUUGCAUUGUUUUCUGUAAAUUGUCUCAGUGGGAGCUACCACAAUACAGGGCAUUCACUUGAAAGUUCCCACUGGGAAGCUAAUAUUUCUCUGUAUGUCCCAUAGCACAUACUGUACAUAUGCUAUUAAGCUGUAUCCGUUUUAUAGGGGUAUUUAUCCACAAAUAUUCAAUGAGAUGCAAAAGCUAAGAUUUUUAUGCAGAAAGAAAGGUCUCAAAGCUCUUGAAGCUAUUGCAGUAUGGGGUUUGUGCAUUUGUGUGUGUUUUUCAUGUCUAGUGUACCUGUUUAUUGCCAUUCAAGUAAUAUUUAUUAUUACUAAUUGUAAUGUAUAAAACUAAGCAUUUUACAAUAAAAAUAGAACCUAUUGAAACUUC